UAUGGCAUGAAUAAGUUGAAAUUUCAAGUGCUGACGUAAACGCCUUGCGUCCACUCAUUUGCAAACCGAACGACGCAGGGGAUGCACUCCCUAUCAAGUAUUGCUGACCGAGUCUCCCUUCCCUUCCUUUAAUAUUAAUUUUUUUUUUUUGUUCCUUUUAUCGUGACGGUGAGCGUAAGGACAUGGCCUGCUUGCUGGUGACAGAAAACGAAAUAUAAGCUCCCUAAUGGCGUACAUUUGCAUCAAGCUUGAUAAGCUGGCAUGGAGACUCGUUCACACUAUCGUAGCUUUUGCUUUUUUUUUUUUUCCUCAAUACACCAAAUCGUUUCCAUAUGCAUGUGUUAACGCCGUUGCACAUUGUGCUUCUAUCAGGCAAUUUAUUUAUAUCGUUGUUGGUGGUUCUAUUAAACAGCCUAGCAUUAGCGUACUUUGAAGUGGCCAGGCAUAUGAGCAAUUCAAGUACAGUCUACCUCAUAUCCGCCAAUGCUCAAGACACACCCACCAGUCAAAUAGAGCCGCGUGAUUAUAUCCUAAUUAUCAUUGGGCUGAUAUCAAGCGUUGCUUGCCUCGCCCUGAUACUCUCCGACCUGCGACGAAUUUGCUGCGGCUGUUCGAAGAAAAUGCAAGAGCAGGAACAAAAACGGCCUAGCAUCCUUGUUGAGUUGUCAGUUGGUACCAUUGUACUUGUUUGGUGGGUUGCCAUGAUCACCUACACCCUUACAAGCUACGAAGGAUUUCCAAAAUGUACCAUGAUUGGUCCAAAGGAUGUUACUAGCAAAGUCUACAGUGGAUGUUACUUGAUGGAUGGUGCCUUGGGAGCUGGCAUCCUUUCCUCCAUCAUUUGGAUAUUGACAAACGUGGUGGCUUCAACAAGAGCCCAAUUGAAUCAUCCGCAGGAAAGCAAAGAAUCUGGCCACAAUGCGGUGGAAUCGAACUUUUCAGUGUGACAAUUUUUGUCUGACACCAGUUUCAAUGUGGGAAUCAGUUUCAACCUUUAAAAGUUGAACCAAUCAGAGUAGGCGGAAUUGUAUGCCCUGGCGGUUCCCAUCCUAUCGACCAGAGCAAUUACCCUGAGGAUACAUCAUCACCUCAAAAUAAAUGAUAUCUCAU